AUGUGGUGUCUGCAGUGUGCCUCUGACAGGAGUCAGUCCUUUCUGGAGCUGGAAUCAGACGACUGUGUGGAAGGUGAUGCUCCAGGCAGCGAGGUGGGCGCCUCUGUGGACCCCAGUGGCGGUUACAGUUGCGUCCCAGUGACCCACAGCGGCGGGCUCGGCCCCGACCACCUGGACAGCCAGUUCUACGGGCACAUCUUGCUGCCCGGCCACCCACGGCCCCGUCGACCCAAGCUCCAGCACUCCCAGUCCAUCCUCCGCAAGCAGGCAGAGGAGGAGGCAAUCAAGCGCUCCCGCUCGCUGUCAGAGAGCUAUGAGCUCUCAUCAGACCUACAGGACAAGCAGGUGGAGAUGCUAGAGCGUAAAUAUGGUGGGCGUUUCAUAACUCGGCAUGCAGCCCGUACCAUCCAGACAGCCUUCCGCCAGUAUCAGAUGAACAAAAACUUUGAGCGUCUUCGAAGCUCUAUGUCUGAGAACCGUAUGUCCAGAAGGAUCGUCCUAUCAAAUAUGAGAAUGCAGUUUUCCUUUGAAGGACCUGAAAAAGUCCACAGCUCCUACUUUGAGGGAAAGCAGGUCUCACUAACAGAUGACGGCACCAAGAUCGGUGCACUAGUGCAGUCAGAACAUGGCGGAGAGAUGGGGGUGCAGGCCAAGACCCCCACAACACAGAGUGACUUCACAGAUGCUAUCACAGAACUAGAAGAUGCCUUCUCCAGACAGGUGAAAUCUCUAGCUGAGUCCAUAGAUGACGCUCUAAACUGUCGCAGUCUGCAUGGGGAUGACGGCCACUCUGAGCCAGGGAGAGGACACCAGGAUAUGGACAGGGAAGUCAGCUGCAAGGUGAAACCCUCCCACAGCGCCUCAGAUCACCGCAAAUUGGAUGAGAUGACGGCUUCCUACAGUGAUGUAACCCUUUACAUUGAUGAAGAGGAACUGUCACCACCCCUGCCUCUAUCUCAGUCUGUAGAUCGACCCUCCAGCACAGAAUCAGACUUGCGUCACCGCUCUCUCAACUCCUCCCAGGAUUACUGGUCUCUAGCUCAUAAAGAUGAGAAAGGGGACACUGACACCAGUUGCCGCAGUACACCUUCCUUGGAAUGCCAAGAGCAGCGUUUGCGGGUAGACCACCUACCCUUACUGACCAUUGAGCCUCCCAGCGACAGCUCGGUGGAACUGAGCGAUCGCUCUGACCGCAGCUCUUUAAAGAGACAGAAUGCUUACGACCGAAGCAUCAGCAACCAGCAGAGCCCCAAAAACAUCAGCAAAGGUUUGCCACCCCGUGGGCCUUCCAGAGAAGAAGACGCUUCCCGCCAUCGACCGCGACAACUGGAGGCUCACCUGGCCAUCAACGGAACCGCAAACCGACAAAGCAAGUCAGAGUCUGAUUUCUCGGACGGCGACAAUGAUAGCAUCAACAGCACGUCCAACUCCAACGACACCAUCAACUGUAGCUCUGAGUCCUCAUCCAGAGACAGCUUGAGGGAACAGACUCUCAGCAAGCAGACAUACCACAAAGAGACUCGCAACAGCUGGGACUCACCUGCUUUUAGCAAUGACAUAAUCCGUAAAAGGCACUACCGCAUAGGCCUAAACCUCUUUAACAAGAAACCAGAAAAAGGCAUCCAGUAUCUGAUAGAGAGAAACUUUGUCCCAGACACUCCAGUGGGUGUGGCCCACUUCCUGCUUCAGAGGAAGGGCCUGAGUAGGCAGAUGAUUGGCGAGUUCCUGGGUAACAGACAGAAACAGUUCAACCGAGACGUCCUUGAUUGUGUGGUGGAUGAAAUGGACUUCUCAGCUUUGGAGCUGGACGAAGCGCUCAGGAAGUUCCAGGCUCACAUCAGAGUCCAGGGAGAGGCACAGAAGGUUGAGCGGCUGAUCGAGGCCUACAGCCAACGCUACUGUAUCUGCAACCCUGGUGUGGUGCGACAGUUCAGGAACCCCGACACCAUCUUCAUCCUGGCCUUUGCCAUCAUCCUCCUCAACACGGACAUGUACAGCCCCAACGUCAAGCCUGAAAGGAAGAUGAAGCUGGAGGACUUUGUUAAAAACCUUAGAGGAGUGGAUGACGGGGAGGACAUCCCCCGGGAGAUGCUGGUAGGAAUAUAUGAGCGGAUUCGCAAGCGGGAGCUCAAGACUAAUGAAGACCAUGUGUCUCAGGUUCAAAAAGUGGAAAAACUCAUUGUAGGGAAAAAGCCGAUUGGCUCUUUACAUCAUGGUUUGGGCUGUGUUCUAUCCCUACCCCACCGGAGACUGGUGUGUUACUGCAGACUUUUUGAAGUGCCCGACCCCAACAAACCACAAAAGCUGGGCCUGCACCAAAGGGAGAUCUUCCUCUUUAAUGACCUCCUCGUGGUGACUAAAAUUUUCCAGAAGAAGAAGAACUCAGUGACGUACAGCUUUCGACAGUCUUUCUCACUUUAUGGCAUGCAGGUGCUGCUCUUUGAGAAUCAGUAUUAUCCUAAUGGAGUUCGCCUGACCUCGGCCAUUCCCGGAGCUGACAUCAAAGUCCUUAUCAACUUCAACGCACCCAAUCCUCAGGACCGCAAAAAGUUUACCGAUGAUUUGCGAGAAUCGAUUGCUGAAGUCCAAGAGAUGGAGAAGUAUCGGAUAGAAUCUGAACUAGAAAAACAGAAGGGUGUGGUGAGGCCCAGCAUGUCCCAGAGUUCGGGGUUAAAGAAGGAAACAGGAAACGGCAACCUGAGUCGAGUGAGCCUCGACGACAGCUACGCCAUCGGUGAAGGCUUGAAGAGGAGCGCCCUCAGCAGCUCCCUGCGUGACCUCUCGGAUGCAGGCAAGCGUGGGAGACGCAGCAGUGCAGGAUCACUAGACAGCAAUAUGGAAGGGUCCAUCAUUAGCAGCCCUCACAUGCGGCGGAGAGCCCCCUCUAGUCGAGACUGCCCGUCCCGCCACAGCGGCCAGUCGCUGCCCAACUCCUCGUCUCUGCUUGGAUCUUUGUUUGGCACCAGGCGCGUGAAGUCACCCAGCCCCACCCCUCAGCCCCUGCACCCCACCCUCAUAUCCCACACCCCGCACCCCACCAACCUGCACCACACGGCCCGGGUCGAGGCCGACACGCCGGGCCCAUUGCACCCACACCACGCCCAAUUCUGCCACAUUACCCAGAACCCCCCCCCUUACCAUCACCACCACCACUACCACCCGCCAGCCCACUUGCAGCACCCUCCGCACCAGUUCCACCCGGCCCCGUCUCACGGCCAGCAGCCGUCGUAUCCGCCUCACGCGCAGCACGGCCACGGGAGCCACCCAGCGCACUCCACCCACCCUGCUCACGGCCCCCACCAUCACGGCCCGCCACCACCACCCUCCCAGGCCUCAACCAGCACCAAGCCCAAGCACAGCGGCAUCAGUACAGUGGUGUAGGGCGCAGGGGGUGGACUGAACUUUGAUUUUUCCUCCAAGGCUCUCGGCUGAUGAGACGGUUCUCACUGUGCAUCACUGGUCUGGGAUGUAAAGCCAGACAACAUCCUGCGUCUCCUUCAGUAUUUUUUCAUAACGCUCAUCACUGGGACAGUUUAUUCAUCACUUUAGAUUUUCUCUCGUUCCUUCCAUUUCAUUUCAGGUCAUAAAUCACGUCUGUCUGCUUCGACAGCAGCAGACAACAACGCAAGAGCAUGCACAAAGACCACAACUCCAUUUCCUCCUCCACAGUUAAUCUCAGAACAUGAUCAAAUAUCUCACUUGUAUUUUACACAAGAAGUAAAUAUCGUCUACAAAGUGAUUUUGUCUCUCGUGUCAGGGUGGUUUGGCUGAACACAGACGGACAGACAGAGGGUCAGCCUCAGCAGUAGCUGUACGAGUAUUUAAUGUAGCGGUAGCUCACAGUGCACUGUGAUAUCUCUGUUAGCAGUGAUAAAUGUGCCAAUUAUUGAAGCAUUUACUAAUUUAGUCACAAAAAUCGCUUUAUGUAUAUUGUGCAUAGUAUUUUGUAAAAUAAUAAUAUCAGCUGUGAUUAUAAUUAUUAUUACGGAACAAAUGGCAUCAAUGAAAAAUUCUCAGUAUUACACUCGCACAUAGGUGGCGUAGCUUCACACUUCUGAAAUCAAUCAGUUAGGUAAUUCAGUAAUCCACCACUGGAACACUAGUGGAAAUGGUUGCCUUUGAGUUAGAACUCUGUCGGGAUUGUUGACGGCCAGCGCUCACCAGCCCGCGUACAGUCUCAUCCCCAUCCAUGCACUUCAUUGGUUUAUUGGAGUCGUGUUUCCCGCUCUGGAAACAGGAAGCCACAGCGAGCUGCUGAGCAAACAGAUCCACCUGAAUGUCCGACCUCCAUUACCGGCUGCUUGUGCGCCGCCAUUUUAUUUUUUUAACUAUUUUUUAAGAGUCCGAUAUAAAAAUACGAAAUGCUCUAUAUUUUAUGUUCUACCGCAACCUGGUAGGAUUCUUCAAGUCUGCUCUGCAGUAGGAGGUUUUUGAAGUCUGUGUAGCAGGGAAACAGCAACAUGACUGUCCAAGUGUCUCUCCUGAUGUGGAAGCUCUCAGCUGGCUGAGUGUACCCUGUCCGUCUUUAGUUCCACUGUGCUUCUCCUGAGCAGCGAGCGCAGCGUGCAGCGCUGUUUACUCCCUCCAUCUGACUUUUCCUCCAUGCCACGCGGGUUGCCACAGAAAUCAAUAAUUAUCACUCUGUGAUGGCGGCAGCUCUCUUACGCUUCACUCACCGCAAAUGGCAGUUUUAUAUCAAUCAUGUUUCCGACAUAUUAUGGGAUGGCUGGUCGUACCUCCCAGGCUUCCUGUGCACAGUAUCUGUUGUGUGUGUGCAGGGUGGAGGCAGAGGGCCGGUGUGGUAGAGCAUAUUUUCUGUUGUGACACAGACGGCACUUGUUUUACUUAGUUGAUAUCAAUGGCAGAAGUUAGUCUGUAUCUGCUUAAAGACUAUGAGAUGGGUUUUUUAACUUGUGCAAUAUGUAUUUACUUUUUUUGUCUCUGAGCAAUUGCAAUCUUGUGGUUGUUCCGUUUUGUUUAGUUCUGUUAGUUUAGUCUUUUUACCCCCACAGUCCUUUGUCAUUUCUCCCUCUAUGUAUCAGCGAAGUCUCCACUCUGAUCUGAAAGGACUGGACCCUCCACACGGAAAAAGAAUGUCAAACAAAGUAACUGCAUGUAACAAUGUAUUUUUGAGGCAAAUUUCUGACUGUUGUGUAUUCCCAAACUAUAUCAGAGUUGACAGUUGUGAAAAUUGAAUGGUAGAAUAGUUCUUUGAUUACAGUCAACAGAAGUCGUAUUUGUGUUCCUCAUGGAGGAAAACUGAGCCUGUACCAGUUCCUAAUCCACAAAGAGUCAUUUCGUGGAUCUUAAUGUACAACAGUAGUCAGAGCUCGAUCGUUCUUCAUAUAGCGGGUGUGGUGACAUCUGGAAAUCAGAGAGAUGAUUGACCGACAGCAGAGUGUAAGGAAAUGAACUCUCUUAUCUUUAUAUUUAUCAUCUGUCUCUGUCAAUGGCGCCCACAGCUGUCCCCAAGCUUUCCAAGGUACCACCUUCUAAUAACCCUUUACUAUCAGUUUAAAAGUUGUAACUAAUCGAAUUAAUCAGUUACGUUAUUUCACUGUCAACGUUGUUCGUAGUUAAUCAGCCUUUUACUGCUGCUUCGUACAUUUACAAUGAGCCCUUCACAAAAACACCUUUUUGUCCCCAAGUUAUAAAAAGAAAUUCCCUGAGCUGUUGUUUAUCCUUCAACAAAUGUGAGUAAGUCAUCUACAAUUAUAAAUGUUAACUUAAAAUAAUCCAUCAAUUCUACAGUUGAAAACACAUGACAUGAGAUUUUAGAUAGGGAUGUUCAGCAGUUUUCCUGCAGUUAAAGGUGUCGUCUGGAGUUUUUGACCACUAGUAGCGCUGUGGAGCAAUGUUCAGCAAAGCUUGAUUUAAACAAUGCACAAUGAAGAAUAUACCUAAAGAUGUGCACUGUUUGUUGACAUUAAUAUUGAUUGCUUAUUUAAAUGAAAACUCCAUAGGGCAGCUUUUAGUGGCCACAGUCUUGAUGAAAAGCUAAAGAGUUUGCAAAGACAAUUAAAGAAUGUGUCAUGAAGGGCAGGGUUUCCUGCAAAUCUCACAGUAAUCGAUUUACUGACACUGGCUGGUGUUAAGGCGUUCCUCUACUAACUCAACCGAGCACAUGAUGGGACGCUUGAGGAUCUGAGUGGAGUUCCACUUCUGAAAACCUUGGAUAAAACUGAUUCAUAUCCUGGUGUAUUAUUGAACUAUAAAGCAUUUGCAUGUAGUUGCCAUCAAAGAAAUCAUUGGUUACAGCCUAUAUAUCCUUUAUAAAUGGUGUCUUAUUAGAAAGUGGUACCAUUUUCAGAAUAUUUCUCACAAUCAAAUUUUUGUUUUGCAGUACUUCAUGUGAGUGAUGUAGAAUCUAAUAUUUGACCCCGAUGUAUCAAAUAUACCCUUUGACACAGAUUUUAAUUCAAUGCAGUCAGGAGAGUGCCAGUGUUACAUGGUCGUAACAUUUUGAAUCAGUUCUAAUCCAAAUAAAUUGAGAACCAAAUUUAAUCGACCAACCCCAACGCUUCAUUCGACUAAUUCUGCAGCAUCUGAUUAUCUAGUGUUUGAGUAAUAAUGGAGCCGAUAUGAGCCAAGAAGAAAGCUCUAGUUCUCCAGAUGACGUCUAAUCAAAGUGUUCUCAGUAACAACCCUUCAGUUCCUUUGGAAAACUGAUGUCUGUUGUCACACCUGUCCAGAGUCUGUGUGAGGUGCUUUGUUGCAUGCCAUUGAUGCCUACCAUUUUAUUUCUUUACUCUUCUUUUCUUUUGUAUUGUUGUUCUCUCCGGCAGCCGGCUCGACUAGACCCUGAACUUUCAACGUGUAGUUUUGAUUUCUCUGACGGAUGCUUGUUUACAUUUAGAUGAGCUCUGGCCUGCUAGUGUGUCUUUUCAUCGCAAGACGUGUCAUUCUACCCCGGCAUGCAUCUCACCUCUGUUUCCACUGUACAGUAUAAAGACGUGGCAGUACACUGCUGCUGCCGAGUGUAAAUAACAAAAUCCAUGUUGGGAAAUCUAAUGUAACUAGAAGAAGUAAAGAGGGUUUGACAGGGAGGGAACAUUUUAAAAGUGGGGGGGGAAGUAAAGAAUGAGAAACCAUAUGUAAAUAGUCUGUAAAUUAUUAUCAUUAUUAUUAAUAUUAUUGUUACUACUACUACUCAAUGUCUGCAGUUACAUUGAAGGUGCAUUCCUGCUCCCCUCUGAUAUUUACAUAAUCAUCAAACUGCUUCUCUCUGCCUCCGACAGGACUGAAUUAUCAUAGGAUCUAGAGAUGAACAGCCAACUGUUACACAGUUAAACGCCGCUUCUCACUUAUUCCCUGGGAUGCCCCUGUUGUCUCACGCUCACAGCCCACUUUUCAAGUCAAAGGGAAGGGAGGAGUGCUCUUAUUUUAUUAUGCAUUCUGUUUCUAAGUAGACAAAACCCUGUUGAUGUAAAACUAGUACUGUGACGAUGUUGAAAACGCGAAAUAAAAUGAUAUACUGUAAAACCUGA